AAGUGCCUCUUUGCUUAGCACUGGCCCCCCGCCCCCACGCUCACUGGUACCACAACAGCGGGACGGGCCAUGGCGGGUCGGGGAGGUACAGCACGACCCAACGGACCAGCCUCUGGGAACAAGAUCUGCCAAUUUAAGCUGGUCUUGCUGGGGGAGUCUGCCGUGGGCAAAUCCAGCCUUGUCCUCCGCUUUGUCAAGGGGCAAUUCCACGAGUACCAGGAGAGCACAAUCGGAGCGGCCUUCCUCACACAGACUGUCUGCUUGGACGACACGACAGUCAAGUUUGAGAUCUGGGACACGGCUGGGCAGGAGCGGUAUCACAGCCUGGCCCCCAUGUACUAUCGGGGGGCCCAGGCCGCCAUCGUGGUCUAUGACAUCACCAAUACAGAUACAUUUGCACGGGCCAAGAACUGGGUGAAGGAGUUACAGAGGCAGGCCAGCCCCAAUAUCGUCAUCGCACUCGCAGGCAACAAGGCGGAUCUGGCCAGCAAGAGAGCCGUGGAAUUCCAGGAAGCACAAGCCUAUGCAGAUGACAACAGUUUGCUGUUCAUGGAGACAUCAGCCAAGACUGCAAUGAACGUGAAUGAAAUCUUCAUGGCAAUAGCUAAGAAGCUUCCCAAGAACGAGCCCCAGAGUGCUGCUGGUGCUCCGGGCCGGAACCGAGGUGUGGACCUCCAGGAAAACAACCCAGCCAGCCGGAGCCAGUGCUGCAGCAACUGAGCCCCCC